AUGUUACCACCAGGAAGUAGAGGUACUAAGAUCAAACCGCCACGGAAAUCAAUUGUUAAUUCAUCCGGUGGAGGUCAACCAAUUGACUUUAAUAGUUCCUGGGAUGUAUUGGCCGGUGCUAUUGUUCAGAUCCAAAACAAAAACGUAUCCAAUCUUUCAUACGAGCAAUUAUAUCGUAAAGCUUAUACCCUAGUACUCCACAAAUUUGGUACCAGAUUGUACGACAACGUUAAAGAAUUGAUCAAGAGUCAUUUACUUACCAAGAGAACUGAAUUAUUGAUGGUUCUAGCCAAUAAUGCCGACGGAACUAAUCGAGAAAGAUUCCUUAAAUCCACUUUAAAUGAAUGGAAUGAACAUCUUCAAGCAAUGAAAUUCAUCAGUGAUGUUCUUAUGUAUCUCAAUAGAGUUUAUGUUAGAGAACAGAACAAACUAUUGAUCUAUGACCUUGGGAUUCAGCUUUUCAAGGAUAAUGUCAUCAAAUAUAACAAUAAUGAAGUAGGAGGUAAACUUACUGAUAUACUUAUUCAGGAGAUAACCAAGAAUAGAGGAGGAGAAAUCAUAUCUACGAAGAUGUAUAUCAACAAGAUCAUUGAAAUGUUUGAGUUACUUCAUGAGAAUAAUAAUAUUUAUGAAAAUACCGUAGUGGAGAAUUACUACCAGAAAUCUUUUGAACCGGUGUUUCUUAGUAGUUCGGAGACCUUCUUCCAAUCAUUGGUUAUUCAGAAUUUGGCUUUUGAAGAUAGUUUCAAGUAUCUUAUUGAAACUGAUCAAUUCUUAGAAGAUGAGAUAUCUAGAAUUAAUCUUUACUUGCCUGAAACCACCAUACCCAAACUUGUUGAUUUAAUGGAUAAUAUUAUGAUUAAAAACCAACUUGAUGUUAUCAUCAACUUACCCAACAAUGGUCUUCAAACUUGGAUAAGAAUUAUUGGUGAUAAGGUGAUUUCAGGGCUUCAAACCCUGACAAUAGAUCAAUUGAAAUACCUUAAACUCUUAUAUAAGCUUAAUCAUCGGAUUGAUGAUAACUGUGAAUUAUUGAAAGUCAGACUUAAAAACAUCAUAGUAAACCAAGGAAAAGAAUUUCCUCAAUUGAUCAAAAAUGUCCUUGCAUCAUCAGAAAAUAAAGAAUCUAAAAAACAAACCACCAAUACUCCAGCAUUUGCCAAUAGAUGGAUUGAAUCGAUUUUAUCUUAUAAAGCUCAAUUUUCCGUGGUAGUGAAGGAAUCUUUUGAUCAUGAUUUUUCUAUGGAACAAUAUAUCACCACAGCUAUACGAGAUUUUGUCAAUUUACCCAGUAAAAUCCGCCAAAAGCCUGAAAACCAAAAUCUUUUGGUAGUUAACCCCAGUGAAUUGUUAUCAAUUUAUAUGGAUUAUCAUAUAAAACAAUUUUCCAAACCUAAUUCCGUUAAGGAUAAGAAACAACUUGAUAGUAUCAGUACUGUGGAUGAGUUCAUCAACAAUUCCAUUCAAUUCUUAAGGUUUGUUAACGAUAAGGAUGCGGUGGAAGCAUUCUAUAAGAACCAUUUUGCUAAGAGAUUCUUGAAUUCGAAAGGUUUCAAUUCUAAUGGACAUCUUCGUAUUGAUAUUGAAGAUUUGGUAAUCUCUAAGUUAUCGGAAGAAUUGGGUACAACUAGUCUUGAUAGUAUCAUCAAGAUGAACAUGGAUAUCAAACUGUCUAAAGAUAUAACAUCGGAUUGGAAGAAGAGUGUUGGAGAAAAGAAAGACAAAUCUAUCGUCGAUCUAGAUUUGAAGAUUUGUAAUGUAUCUUAUUGGCCAAAUUCGAUGACAAAAGAUUAUAAGAAACUUUCAGGGAAAGAACCUGAUACUGAAGAUAAGUUCAUUUGGCCCCGAUACCUUAAACAAACCAUCAGUCAAUUCGAACAAUUUUGGUCUGAAGGGAAGAAGAAUGAUAAUAAAUCAUUGUACUGGAGUCCUAAAUUUGGAUCCAUCGACCUUAAAAUCACCUACCCAUCCAAAACCUAUGAAAUCAAUCUUUCAACCUACGCAGGGAUCAUUAUGUUACUUUUCGGCCCCUCCACAGUCAAUUCCAUGGACGCUGAUUAUGUGUCACCAUUCAAAGAUAAGAGGAAACUUACAUAUAACGAGAUCAAACAAUUAACAGGGAUCCCAGAAGCUGAUCUUAAACGUCAUUUACAAUCCAUAGCUGUAGCACCAAGGUCUAGAUUACUUAUCAAGACUCCUAUGACUAAAGACGUUAAUGAAACCGAUGUGUUUGAACUCAAUGAAAAGUUCAAAUCUCCUUCGGUAAAAGUCAAGGUCUUGACAGUCUCGGCAUCGUCUACGACGAAGAAGAAGUCUAGCCAUGAAGAAGAACUCGAAGAAGUUGAGUCUGACAUAGCCGAGGGAAGGAAACAUGAAGUCAAUGCUGCUAUAGUGAGAAUCUUAAAGUCAAGACAAUCCAUUGUUCAUAGAGAUCUUAUCAGUGAAACCAUCAAACAACUUCAAUCCCGAUUCAUACCCAGUAAUAUUCUCAUCAAACGACAACUUGAGGAUUUGAUCGAUAAAGAAUAUCUUAAGAGAGAUGAUGAGAAUAGGAACUUGUUCCAUUAUAUAGCAUAA